CGAAGCCCCUUUUGCCCUGAGAGAGGCGGAGCUGCUCGUUCGAAUCCCACUCUCGCGAUCUUUCGGAACUCUCGCGAUAACAGUCGCCCGACUUGUGCGCCCGGGAAACCCCGUUGCUCCCUUUCCCCUGGCUGGCAGCGCGGAGGCCGCACGAUGCCUGGAGUUACUGUAAAAGAUGUGAACCAGCAGGAGUUCGUCAGAGCUCUGGCAGCCUUUCUCAAAAAGUCCGGGAAGCUGAAAGUCCCUGAAUGGGUGGACACUGUCAAGCUGGCCAAGCAUAAAGAACUCGCUCCCUACGAUGAGAACUGGUUCUACACACGAGCUGCUUCCACCGCACGGCACCUAUACCUCCGGGGCGGUGCUGGGGUCGGCUCCAUGACCAAGAUCUACGGGGGUCGUCAAAGAAACGGUGUCAUGCCCAGCCACUUCAGCAGAGGCUCCAAGAGCGUGGCCCGUCGGGUUCUCCAAGCCCUGGAGGGGUUGAAAAUGGUGGAAAAGGACCAAGAUGGGGGCCGCAAACUGACACCUCAGGGACAGAGAGAUCUGGACAGAAUUGCCGGACAGGUGGCAGCUGCCAACAAGAAGCAUUAGAACAAAUGAAGCUGGGUUAAUAAAUUGCCUCAUUCAUAA